UGUGUUGCAAAACCAAGAUGUCAAGCCAUUUGUCAACAAGGAGAUAACCAACAAAGACAAGCGAGCUAUGGCUUUUUUUCCAAUGAGGGGCCGAAGAGAAGACGAAGAACAACGAACCAGAUUGUUUGAAAAGAAAGGCCAAAGUGGAAGAACUAUGAGAUUCUAUAGUAUGAGAGGCAAAAAGGAUCAAGCUAAUGAAGUUAAAAGAGCAAGCUCCUUUUACGGUCUACGAGGAAAGAAGGACGAGUUGGACGAGAAAAGAGCUAGUUCGUUCUUUGGUCUACGAGGAAAGAAGGACGAGUUGGACGAGAAAAGAGCUAGCUCGUUCUUUGGUCUACGAGGAAAGAAGGCUGGUGAAUGGAAACAGGGGAGUUUUUUCAACGACGUCCCAACAAACAACUAUUAUGGAGAGGAAAACGGACAUGAAAACCAAGAGGGUAUUGACGAUUACGUCAACAACUUAAAACAAGCUUUCUUGAGAAACCAAGUAGGCGAAAACAACCCUUAUCUUCCAGAGAGUUUAGAUGUUGACAGGAAACGAGCAGGAGCAUUCUUUGGAAUGAGGGGGAAAAGAAAUGCGGAGCGAGAUGAUAAAUCGGGAUCGAAAGAGGAAUAA